CAGUCACACUUCUCCAUUUCUCUUAUUGGUGGGCUCCUCCUCUUUGAUCUUCCAAACAUUAUAAAUAGGACCUCUAACCCUACGUUCGAUCAUCAUCCAGGGCUGUUGCAUUCACCAAUCCCUACUCUUUCAAGGCAUAUUCUCGGAAAUGGAUGCCGCCGGUGUGCCCAGUGGAGCCAAGUAUGAGUGCUUGCUCUUCGAUAUGGAUGAUACCCUUUACCCCUUGAGCUCAGGCAUCAAUUUGGCAUGCCGGAAAAAUAUUGAAGAUUACAUGCUGCAUAAUCUUCAAAUCGAAGAGAGUGAAGUCCUGAGGAUGUGCUUAGAACUGUACAGGGAAUAUGGGACAACCAUGGCUGGACUGAAGGCUCUUGGAUAUGAAUUUGACAAUGAUGAGUUUCAUGCUUAUGUCCAUGGGAGAUUACCUUAUGAGACACUCAAGCCAGACCCCGUUCUUAGGAACCUCCUGCUCUCAAUGCCGCAGCGCAAAAUCGUCUUUACGAAUGCAGACAAAGAUCACGUGGCUAAAGUGCUGAGCAGGUUGGGACUGGAGGACUGUUUUGAAGGCGUGAUUUGCUUCGAGACUCUUAACCCGUCUCCUGAACCUGCAGAUGAUCUGCUCGAUCACAAUGAUGAGAAAAUAUCGUUUCCGGGAGAUGACAUGGAUUCAAAUAGUGAUAGCGGGAGCAAUGGCUUGAGCUCCAAGUCACGGAUCCUCUGUAAACCCUCUGUGGAAGCCAUGGAAGCUGCAAUCAGAAUAGCAAAUGUUGACCCGAGUAAAACAAUUUUCUUCGAUGACAGCACAAGGAACAUCGCAAGUGGGAAAGCAGCCGGACUUCAUACAGUUAUUGUUGGGAGCUCAGUACUGGUUCCAGGAGCAGAUCAUUCCCUGGGAAGCGUUCACAACAUCAAAGAGGCUCUACCUGAGAUAUGGGAAGGCCAAGAAGCCGAGCAGAUCGAGCAAUUCAUACAAGGAACUGCCAUCGAAACCGUGGUCCGUGCAUAGGACUUGUUUUGCACCUUCAUAUGCACCGAUCAAUGCAUUGCACUCGUGGGCAUCAAAACUUUUAAGAAGGGGCCCAACAUUCUAUCGCACCUUUGUAAAAUGUAUUACAUUUUGAGUCUAACAUAUGUGAUGAACUCAAUACAAGUGAUACUGUGUGUAAGUAUCAUUUCCCUACAAUGAUGAGAUUUGUACUGUGGUGACUUCAUCACUCUUUACUUACUAGAUAUGUAACUAGCCAAGCUACUUGGCAU